AUGUCUUCAAGCGCUACGCCUAUGAACAAUAGGUCGAACAACAACACGGACCUGGCGAUUGCCGGAACUUCCACGAAUUUGGACUCGCAAUCUGCCACGCCGUCCAACAAAAUGAGCGAUGAUGCUUUCGACAUCAAGGGUUCUCCAGCUGCAGAGGCUCAUGAGAUUCCUCAAAAGCCGCUCUCAGAAUACAUUCUCGUCAUGUGUCUUUGUCUUAUGGUUGCUUUUGGUGGAUUCGUCUUUGGCUGGGACACGGGUACCAUCUCGGGUUUCGUUAACAUGACUGACUUCAAGCGCCGUUUUGGUGAUUAUAAUACUACCACCGAGGAAUACUAUUUGAGCAAUGUCAGAACAGGUCUAAUUGUUGCCAUUUUUAACAUUGGAUGUGCCGUUGGCGGUCUAACUUUGGGCCGUCUUGGUGAUAUGCAAGGUCGCCGUUUGGGCCUAAUGGCCGUCAUUUUGGUUUAUGUCGUUGGUAUCGUUAUCCAAAUUUCUGCUAGCGGCAAGUGGUACCAAUACUUCAUUGGAAGAAUUGUAUCUGGUCUAGGUGUUGGUGGUAUUGCCGUUUUAUCGCCCACUCUCAUUUCAGAGACAGCACCAAAGCAUUUGAGAGGAACAUGCGUAUCUUUCUACCAGCUUAUGAUCACUUUAGGUAUCUUUUUGGGUUACUGCACAAACUACGGAACUAAAACCUACACAAACUCUGUUCAAUGGAGAUUGCCUUUAGGCUUGUGUUUCUUGUGGGCAAUUUUCAUGAUCGGCGGAAUGGUUUUCGUGCCUGAGUCGCCUCGUUACUUGAUUGAAAAGGGUAGAUUUGAAGAAGCCAAGCGUUCCAUUGCCAAGUCCAACAAGCUAGAUACUGAAGACAGCGGUGUUUUGGCUGAGGUUGAUCUAAUUAAUGCUGGUGUCGAGGCUGAGAAAUUGGCUGGCAACGCCAGAUGGGGCGAGCUCUUCUCGCCAAGGGGCAAGAUCUUGCAAAGAGUCAUUAUGGGCUGUGUUAUUCAGUCUCUCCAGCAACUAACGGGUAACAACUACUUUUUCUACUACGGAACCACCAUCUUUCAAGCAGUGGGUCUAGAUGAUUCUUUCCAAACUUCUAUUAUUCUCGGUGUUGUCAACUUCAUGUCAACAUUUGUUGGCCUUUACACUGUUGAGAAAUUCGGUCGUCGUAAGUGUCUAUUGUGGGGUUCAGCUGCUAUGUCUGUUUGCUUUGUGGUCUUUGCCUCUGUAGGUGUUACCAAGCUGUAUCCAAAUGGUAAAGAUAUGCCAACUUCCAAGUCUGCAGGUAACGCCAUGAUCUUCUUCACUUGCCUUUUCAUCUUCUUCUUUGCUACCACCUGGGCUCCUAUCGCUUAUGUCAUUGUGUCUGAAACUUACCCACUGCGUGUGAAGAACCGUGCUAUGGCGAUGUCUGUCGGUUCUAACUGGAUUUGGGGUUUCUUGAUUGGAUUCUUUACACCAUUCAUUACAUCCGCGAUUGGCUUCUACUACGGUUAUGUUUUCAUGGGCUGCCUUGUUUUUUCUUUCUUCUACGUCUUCUUCUUUGUUUGUGAAACCAAGGGUUUGACUUUGGAAGAGGUUAAUGAGAUGUACGAGGAAGGUGUGCUUCCAUGGAAAUCCGAGAGCUGGGUGCCAGCCCUGAGAAGAGACGAAUCCUACGAUGUUAACGAGACCCACGAGGACGGAAAGCCAUUUUACAAGAGGUUUGUGUAA